AUGAGUUCUAUUCUCGUUCGGCGGCAGAUCCUUUCUGCCUUUGGCCGACCUGCGCCGAUUAUGUCCUUGGCUAGGGCCCAUGUGCUCCCGCAUAUCGGUGCUCAGAGGAAUUUUGGCGUUUUUCCUCGUCUUCUACUUUCCCAAACUUCUCCGCUCCAUUUCAGACGUCUGGGUAGGAGAAUGAAUAGCCGGAAGAGUGAAGAUGAAUCAGAGUCGAAGGAAGAGCGUCCAAAGGAGUCCAAAGAAAAGAAACCGGACUCUGAAGAAGAGAAACUUCGCCAAGAGGUGCGGGAACGACUCAAGAAGAAGAACCCUAAAGCAAACUUGCAGAACCUCAAAAUCAUCCAAAUUGAUGCUGCCCAAGCACUGAAAGCCUUAGGUCUUUUCUUGCUCCUCACGUUUUUGGCCACGUCUCUUUUAUUUUCCAGCCAGAAACAGAACGAAUUGUCCUUUCAAGACUUUAAGAUCAGAUAUCUCGACAAGGGUUUAGUCACAAGGCUCACAGUAGUUAACCGUUUUGCUGUUGAAGCGGAACUUAUUCCAGGUGCAUUCUCAGAUGAAACCACGCGUGGCCCUCGUGGAUCGCCCGUUGUUGUUUUCACAAUUGGCUCUGUUGAAGUUUUCGAAGAAGAGAUGAACGCAGCACAAGACAAGUUGGGAAUCCCUGUGGAAGAAAGAUUGCCUAUUCUGUACGUUGAGAGGGGUUCAUGGAUGAACAUGAUCUUACCCAUUUUACCUACUGUCUUGUUGAUUGGUGGAUUGUGGUAUAUUACAGUGAAACGAGCUUCUCCGCAAUCUGGUGCCGGUGGCCCUGGAGGUAUUUUCAAGAUUGGAAAAUCCAAAGCCAAAUUAUUCAACCAAGAAACUGAUGUGAAGAUCAAGUUCAAAGAUGUUGCUGGUUGCGAGGAAUCCAAGGAAGAAAUCAUGGAGUUCGUCAAGUUCUUGCAAGAUCCAUUGAAGUACGAGAAACUUGGUGCUAAAAUCCCAAGAGGCGCAAUCUUGUCUGGUCCUCCUGGUACAGGUAAGACGCUUUUAGCUAAAGCUACUGCUGGUGAGGCUGGUGUUCCUUUCUUGUCUGUUUCUGGUUCUGAGUUUGUUGAGAUGUUUGUUGGUGUGGGUGCUUCACGUGUCAGGGAUUUGUUCAAAACAGCGAGAGAAAUGGCUCCAGCUAUCAUUUUUGUUGAUGAAAUUGAUGCUAUUGGAAAAGAAAGAGGCAAUGGCCGUAUGGGCGGAAACGAUGAGAGAGAAAACACUUUGAACCAGUUGCUUGUCGAGAUGGACGGAUUUGAAGCUUCCGACCACGUUGUUGUCUUGGCUGGUACUAACCGUGCUGACAUUUUAGAUAAAGCCUUGUUGAGACCCGGAAGAUUUGAUAGACACAUCUCUAUUGACAUUCCAGACAUUGAAGGAAGAAAGGCUAUCUUUAAAGUACACUUGUCCAAGUUGACUUUGAAAAGCGUUGAAGACAUCAAGGCUAGCCAUCAGGAUGUUGAUUUCAGCAAAUACCAGAAGCUUAUUGACGAGGCCAUUGAAAAGUUGGCAGGUAGGUUGGCUGCUUUGACUCCUGGAUUUGCUGGUGCUGACAUUGCAAACUGUUGUAAUGAAGGUGCCUUGAUCGCUGCCAGAGAAGAUGCUACUAGCGUUGAUACUUACCAUUUCGAACAGGCCAUUGAAAGAGUGAUUGCUGGUUUAGAGAAAAAGUCUCGUGUAUUGAGUCCAGAGGAGAAGAAAACUGUUGCAUACCACGAGGCAGGACAUGCUAUUUGUGGUUGGUUCUUACAAUAUGCUGACCCCUUGGUUAAAGUGUCAAUUAUUCCUAGAGGUCAGGGAGCCUUGGGUUAUGCUCAGUAUUUGCCAAAAGAUCAGUAUUUGGUCUCCACUGAGCAGUUUAGACACAGAAUGAUCAUGUCUUUGGGUGGCCGUGUGAGUGAGGAGAUUCACUUUGAGUCUGUUUCGAGUGGUGCCUCAGAUGACUUCAAAAAGGUGACGCAAAUGGCGCAGUCCAUGGUGUUGAAAUUGGGCAUGUCUAAAAAACUUGGCAGCGUGUACUUUGAUACAGGCGACGAAGGAGGAAACUUGAAAGUCUACAAUAACUACUCUGAGGGAACUGCACGCAUUAUUGAUGAGGAAGUGAAGCGUCUCAUUGAUGAGGCGUACGUUGCAUGCAAGGAGUUGUUGACGGAAAAACUCGAGUUGGUUGACAAGGUUGCAGAAGAAGUCUACAAGAAGGAGGUGUUGACCAGAGAAGAUAUGAUUCGGUUAGUUGGUCCACGUCCGUUCCCUGAAAGAAAUGAUGCUUUCGACAAGUAUCUUCAGGGCGAAGAUGCUUUCAAGAACAGACCGAAGGGAAAGGGCGACGCUGAGGCCGCAUAA